UCCUCGAGCGAUCGCCCGAGAGCUAUGCGGAGCUCGUCGAUCUCGUGGCAAGAAGCAUGCCCUCGAAGCGGGAGGGCAAAGACCUGCAUCACGAGCAUGUCCUCAGCAAGUUCUUGGACUAUCUCGAGACCGUGCGCCCCAACUUCGAUGCCUUCCGCGCCACGGCGACCUAUCAAGCGGAGUGGAAGACUCUCCUGGAAGCCCGCCGGAAUAUGGAACAGCAGGAGCAGAUUGUGCAAGAGGCCGAGGAGCUGCUCGGCGACUGGGGCGAGCGGGGCCGGCACCUCCUGCACAUGUAUGCCUAUUUCACCCGGUGUUGGAUCAACGGCCUCAAGAAGGUCUUUGAGCAUGGAUAUUCGUACGAGGAGUACGUCAUUCGCCUGAAUUGCGCCGUGCUCUCUCGUCAAAUGAAGCUAGGGAGGCGCCGCCCUCGGAAAGUCAUGCCGGGUGAUGCCUGGACCGCGAGUGAAUGCGGCAAAAACCCGGCGCCGGUCACGACGCGGGAUCUCGACGAGUUUGGCCUGAUCAUCAAUGAUCUGGGGCUAGUCGAGUCGAGACGCCAGUAUGAGAGGGCCCAGCUUGCUGCUGCUCAAGAUGGUAAGCCGCAGUCUGCGAACCAGGUCUCUCGCCCGGCUGACGUCGAUGACGAUGAUGAUAAUGGGCAUGGUUAUCGCUCGCGCAAGCGCCGUCGACUGUGA